AUGACAGUUCGACCAGAACCCAACAGCACAGUUUUACCAUCCACACCUCAUCCACCACCUAAGAACUUCACCACCGGUCAAGUGGAAACUACAAACCCAACUGCAGGCAACAGCAGAGCAGUUGAGGGGCAGGUCCAUCUGGCCAAUGGAGGAAACAGCUCCUGUUCUGGCAGAGUAGAGAUCUUCCUACGUGGACAGUGGGGGACGGUUUGUGACGAUUUCUGGGAGCUGGUUGAUGCUCAGGUGGUGUGUAGACAGCUGGGCUGUGGCAGGGCCAUGUCAGCACCACAAAGUGCACGCUUUGGACAGGGCAGUGGGCCCAUCUGGUUGGAUGAUGUCACAUGCACAGGCAGCGAAUCGAAACUCAGCGAGUGCAGCCACAGGGGGGUUGGAUUCCACGACUGUAAUCACAAUGAGGAUGCUGGUGUGGUCUGCGAAGGUAAAUACAAAUGUUUGUCAUGUGAGUUCACAGAGACUUUUCUUUCAGUUCGACCAGAACUCAACAGCACAGUUUUACCAUCCACACCUCGUCCACCACCUAAGAACUUCACCACCGGUCAAGUGGAAACUACAAAAACAACUGUAGGCAACAGCACAGCAGUUGAGGGGCAGGUCCAUCUGGCCAAUGGAGGAAACAGCUCCUGUUCUGGCAGAGUAGAGAUCUUCCUACGUGGACAGUGGGGGACAGUUUGUGACGAUUUCUGGGAGCUGGUUGAUGCUCAGGUGGUGUGUAGACAGCUGGGCUGUGGCAGGGCCAUGUCAGCACCACACAGUGCACGCUUUGGACAGGGCAGCGGGCCCAUCUGGUUGGAUGAUGUCACAUGCACAGGCAGCGAAUCAAAGCUCAGUGAGUGCAGACACAAUGGGGUUGGAUUCCACGACUGUAGUCACAAUGAGGAUGCUGGUGUGGUCUGCAAAGUUCGACCAGAACCCGUCAGCACAGUUUUACCAACCAAACCUCGUCCACCACCUAAAAACUUCACCACCGGUCAAGUGGAAACUACAAAAACAACUGUAGGCAACAGCACAGCAGUUGAGGGGCAGGUCCAUCUGGCCAAUGGAGGAAACAGCUCCUGUUCUGGCAGAGUAGAGAUCUUCCUACGUGGACAGUGGGGGACGGUUUGUGACGAUUUCUGGGACCUGGUUGAUGCUCAGGUGGUGUGUAGACAGCUGGGCUGUGGCAGGGCCAUGUCAGCACCACACAGUGCACGCUUUGGACAGGGCAGUGGGCCCAUCUGGUUGGAUGAUGUCACAUGCACAGGCAGCGAAUCAAAGUUCAGCGAGUGC